AUGGCCAAGGUCGGCCAACCCUGGAUCCUGGACCCCAUUCAGCGUCAGCACGUUCUCUUCUUGGGCUCAUCCAUCGACGGGACCCUGGCAGAGGUUCUUGGCCGCACUCAUCAACGGAAGCGCGGCAUUGGGCCUGAACAAUACGUUGGUGUACUGUCCCUGGUUGAGAUCAAGGAAAUGAUUGCCAGCGGAGAGGCCAAGUCCAACACUUUGCCUGGCAUUGGCAUGAAGGAGCUUGUCUGGGACAACCAGUGGGUCGGCUAUGACGACGAGGAGACCGUCGAGCUGAAGCGGAAAUUCGCCAACGACCAGUGCUUCGGCGGACUGAUGGCAUGGAGCGUCGACUUCAACUCUGGUGACGGUAGCGGCACGGACGCGCCCAAGUCGGAGGACGGUUAUUGCGGACCUAACCAUAAUGGCACUACUUGUCCCGGCAGUGACUACGGCGACUGCUGCUCCACGAGUGGCUACUGUGGUUCUUCUGAUGGGUACUGCGGUUCUGCCUGCAUCAGCGGCGACUGCAAAGAGUAUGAUCACCCCCCAGGUACUCUCAUAUUCGGCUCGGACACUGACCAUUCAUGA